UUAGCCGCCUCUGUAAAGUGGUUGCUGGGAGGGCAGUAGGACCAGAGGGAGUGGUGACUGUAAUUGGAAACCAAAGCUUUCACCGGCAGAGCUCAGCUACUUUCCAUUCACUCCUAGGUGCUUAAUUAAGGAAUGGGGAGAAGAGCUCCUGGUGCCUGAUCGCAAUAAGGAUUAUUUUACAAAGAAACUGGGAGUACGUUUGCAACUGCCAGGAGGAAAAGGUUUUCUGCAAUGACCCAGGUUUGGAAUUAAAGUGUUCUGGUAAAAGGAGCGGAGUCCAUGCACUGAUAGAAAUUUGAUGGCAUUGCACUACUGAUCCCUUCAGUAGCUGGGUUUUAUUUCUUGGAUAUUAAGUUUCACAUCUGAAGAUAUGGCACUUCUAGCAGUCCCCGUGUUGAUUGGGAUGUUUAUUUACUGUAGCACUGUAAAAGGAUCCUCACAGCCUCAGGCCAGGGUGUUCUUAACAUUCAAUGAGCUGCAGGAAACCAAGACCUCUGAAUAUUACCGUAUAUCCCACCACCCACUCGAUUACAGGAUAUUAUUAAUGGAUGAAGAUCAGGACCGGAUCUAUGUGGGCAGCAAAGAUCACAUUUUGUCUUUGAAUAUUAAUAAUAUAAGCCAGGACCCUCUGAGUAUUUUCUGGCCAGCAUCAGCAAUCAAAGUUGAAGAGUGCAAAAUGGCUGGCAAAGAUCCUACACAUGGCUGUGGAAAUUAUAUACGUGUGAUACAGACCUUCAAUCGCACCCAUUUGUACGUCUGUGGGAGUGGAGCAUUCAGCCCAGUAUGCACAUACCUCAAUAGAGGGCGCAGGUCUGAGGAGCAAGUCUUCAUGAUCGACUCCAAGUGUGAAUCGGGGAAGGGGCGCUGUUCUUUCAACCCUAAUGUGAACACAGUAUCUGUUAUGAUCAACGAAGAGCUGUUUUCAGGAAUGUACAUAGAUUUCAUGGGGACCGAUGCAGCAAUUUUUCGCAGUUUAACCAAACGGAAUGCAGUGAGAACUGAUCAACACAAUUCUAAGUGGCUGAGUGAGCCUAUUUUUGUGGAUGCUCAUCUCAUCCCAGAUGGCACAGACCCUAAUGAUGCCAAAGUGUACUUCUUCUUCAAAGAGAGGCUUACGGACAACAGUGGCAGCACAAAACAGAUUCAUUCAAUGAUUGCUAGAAUAUGCCCAAAUGAUACUGGUGGACAGCGUAGUCUUGUAAACAAAUGGACAACUUUCUUGAAAGCAAGACUUGUGUGCUCAGUAAUGGAUGAGGAUGGAACGGAAACAUACUUUGAUGAAUUAGAGGAUGUAUUUCUCCUAGAAACAGAUAACCCUAGAACAACACUGGUGUAUGGAAUUUUUACAACAUCAAGCUCUGUAUUUAAAGGUUCAGCAGUGUGUGUGUAUCACUUGUCUGAGAUCCAAACAGUGUUCAAUGGACCCUUUGCACAUAAGGAAGGUCCUAACCACCAGCUAAUUCCAUAUCAGGGCAGAAUUCCAUAUCCACGACCUGGCACAUGUCCUGGAGGAGCCUUUACACCCAACAUGCGGACAACCAAGGAAUUCCCUGAUGAUGUUGUGACCUUUAUUAGGAAUCACCCUUUGAUGUUCAAUCCCAUUUAUCCAAUACACAAAAGGCCAUUAAUCAUUCGGACAGGAACAGACUACAAGUAUACAAAGAUAGCAGUGGACCGAGUUAAUGCUGCUGAUGGACGAUACCAUGUCUUAUUUCUUGGAACAGAUCAGGGGACUGUACAGAAAGUUGUUGUCCUACCCACCAACUCUUCUGCAAGUGGAGAGCUCAUUUUAGAAGAACUGGAGGUUUUUCAGAAUAAUGCUCCCAUAACAACAAUGAAGAUUUCAUCUAAAAAGCAACAGUUAUAUGUGAGCUCGGAUGAAGGGAUCACGCAGGUAUCUUUGCAUCGCUGCCAUAUCUAUGGAACAGCCUGUGCUGACUGCUGCCUAGCCAGAGAUCCUUACUGCGCUUGGGAUGGCAAUUCUUGCUCCAGGUUCUACCCAACAGGGAAGAGGCGGAGUCGUAGACAAGAUGUGAGACAUGGAAAUCCUAUGACUCAGUGCCGAGGAUUUAACUUGAAAGCGUACAGAAAUGCAGCAGAAGUCAUUCAGUACGGAGUGAAAAACAACACCACCUUUCUUGAGUGCACCCCUAAAUCUCCCCAGGCAUCCAUUAAAUGGCUCUUACAGAAAGACAAUGACCGAAGGAAAGAGGUCAAACUUAAUGAAAGGAUCAUAUUGACUGAGCAAGGACUCUUGAUUCGCUCUGUCCAGGAUACUGACAGAGGACUCUACCAUUGCAUCGCAACAGAGAACAGCUUCAAGCAAACCAUAGCAAAGAUCAACUUCAAAGUGUUAGAUUCAGAUAUGGUGGCCUUCAUGACUGACAAGUGGUCCCCCUGGACCUGGGCCAGCUCUGUACGAGCACUGCAGUUCCACCCAAAGGAUUUCAUUGGAGCUUUCAGCCAUUCAGAAAUGCAGAUGAUUAACCAAUACUGCAAAGACAGUAGACAGCAAGGACAGCACAGAGAAGAAUCCCAGAAGAUGAGAGGGGACUAUGGCAAGUUAAAGGCCCUGAUUAAUAGCAGGAAAAGUAGGAACAGAAGGAAUCAAUUACCAGAAUCUUAAUUUUUUCGUUUGGAGCCUCAGAUGUGUUUGUUCUCCCUAAAAGGGGCUCUUGUUUGUCUGCUGAGAGCAUAUUAAAAUAAAAAUUAGUAAAGCAUGCCUGAGAAACAUUCUUCUCCCAGUAAAAUGCAGUGUAACUUAAUUAGAGAAAAUAUAAAACCAGCAUUUUCUUUGUGAGAUGCUCACUGGCACUGCCUAGGUCCCCAUUGUAGCAGCAAAACUGAAUAUUUCCCUUAACCCAUUUGAUAUCCUGAUAUUUACUUACAGUUGAAGAGAAAGAAAGAAAGAAAGAAAGAAAAAGAAAAUCAGUGCAUUAAUUUGCAGUUUUGGAAUUAAGCAGAACAGAAGGGGAGAGAGAUAAUUUGGGUUAAGAUGGCUGUUCAAAUGAGGGUGGUGCCCAUGGGUUUCUUGCACUGUAUUUAAGUCUAUGAGUUUCUAAUUGUUUACGGUUCACUGUUGGGUUUACAAUUUUCAUUCACUGUACAAGUCAUGUGAAUGCAUGAAGCUAAGAAGCUGGCAAAAGUAAAGUACAGUAGAAGUGGAUAGUACAGGGGAAAAAAACUGAAGGUCAAAUUAAAAUAAAAGUAGGACAAAAAGAGAAAAAAUGGUUUUAUACCUCAGGAAUUACUGAUUAUUGUUCAUUAUAUGAGCUGUAAUACAUUCUGAGACAUAAUUUACAAAUAUCUCUGCUCAUAUUGCCAUCAAAGAGCAUAUUGGCCCUACAACACUUCAUAGCUUUGUAAGCAACAUGAAGACUCUGAUUAUAGGUAACAUUUUCAAAAGUAUCUAAGUCACUUAGGUGCUUUUCAAAAAGGUUACCUUCCUGUGAGCAGAAUGUAGAUCUAUGGUACAACAUUUCCUCAAAUACUAGAACUACAGAUUUCUUUUAUAAUGUCCCUAAUGAUAAAGGUUAGAGCUGGUUGAAAGAUGUGGAGAAAAAAUCAUGAAAAUUUGUGAAAGUUUCAAAAGCAGUAUCUUUUCAAAGUUUUCCAAGAGAGCUGACUAAAAAAUAUUCAGAAAACUGCUUUCCAAAUUAUUUGAUUUCAAAAAUAUCCAGUUUUCAAUUUUUUUCUUUUCUUUCAUCCUUUUCUCCUUUUUUAUUAACCCAUGUGCUAUUUGUUGCUGAAAAGGGAGAAACAAGGGUACGGUUUAGAAAGGGACAAAAAAGAAAACUGAAAAAAUAUUUUUUGUCCAAAAAAAAAGAGGAACAUUGCAAAACAAAAGUUUUGGU